GGGCAACCCUAGUGGCACAGCCAUGCAUUAGCUCGUCUAAAAACAGCUACGCCCGACUUCCAACUCCCGGCCACGUAUAACUUUGAAUCACCGGCGUUCGGUUCUAAACCACUGUCGUUUCGGGUCAAUGACAAUGCAUAGAAAAACAAAAGCUCCCAGGUCAAAGACAGGGUGCAAAACUUGCAAGAUACGGCAUGUCAAGUGUGGUGAAGAAAAACCGGAGUGUCACCUGUGUAAGAACUCGGGGCGGAAAUGUGAUGGUUAUGAACCUUGCCCUCAGCAGCAGCUACAGAAGAAAAUAACACAUUCUCAAUCGCUCCCUGCCUGGACGAUGGUCAGCUUCGACCGUCGCCUUAUUCUCCGUCCCGGAACAAGAGAAGAGCGACAGUAUAUCGAGUUGUUCUGCUCGCAGACAUCACGGGCACUGUCUGGUUACUUUAGUUCACAGCUGUGGAACUAUCAAUUGCCGCAGCUCAGUCAAUCGGAACCGACUGUUAGACAUGCCAUCGUUGCACUCAGCGCCGCCCAUGAGCGAAGUUUCUUGAAUCCUUCGGCGGAAACCUCGAGAAUUACGGAGCAAUUUAUCCUCCAGCAGUAUAACAAGUCCAUUCAAUACCUGAUGGAACAUCUCUCCGCGCCAAAGUCUCAGUCGAUUGAUUUAUUGCUGGUUACAUGCUGUCUAUUUGUAUGUCUAGAGAUUGUGAGAGGAAACAACAAGCAGGCAUCGAGCCAUUUGUCAGCAGGGGCGAGUAUUCUCUAUAGACGCGGACAUUUUGCUAACACGACUGCUCAAUCUAUGGAUAUUGAUAAGGAGCUAUCUCACUUGUUCUUUCGAUUGAAUAUGCAACUAUCCCUCUUUGGGCGCCCACUGGUCCCUACCGCCCUUGGCCAUAAAGGCACACUGCCCGCUCCACUAGAAGGAGCCGUCUCAUUUUCCAACGUUGAAGAAGCCAGGCAUCAUCUGGACAGACUUAUGAACAAGGCGCUGCAAUUCAUACGUAUAAGCGUUCGGAGCUCGACACCAGGCGAUCCUAUAUGGCAGCAACAGAAACAGAGACAGCAGGAUAUCAAGGGAGAGCUUGAUGCUUGGUCAAUGGCACUUGACAAGAUGAUAGCAAGGAAGGGGAACGCCAAAACGUUGGAUAAGCGCGGACCCCUUGCACUCCGAAUCCACCAUCGCGUCUCUGCAAUAUGGCUGCAAGCCUGUUUCGCGAGGGAUCAAAUGAUGUUUGACAACUUCAGUGCAGACUUUGAAGCAAUUGUCAGUCUUUCAGAGGAAGUGGUGCGCCUGGGCCCCGAUGGUGAGAAACAGUCUCACGCGAAUAGGUUUACCCUUGAAUCGGGAAUCACUGCCCCGCUGUGGUUCACCGCUCUGAAAUGUCGCGAUCCCAUACUUAGACGGAAAGCUAUUCAGACUUUAUCAGACUUUCAUAUAAGGGAGGGUAUGUGGGAUAUGGGGCUCUUUGUCAAGGUAGCUGAAUUGGUCGUGGAGUCAGAGGAGUCUGAGCUAUCCUUCCUACCCGUUGAGAAAAGAGUACCCGAAGACCGUCAACGCAUCUAUGACCCGAUAUUACCUGAGGAAAUUGUGGCCAGCCCGUGUCAGGUCGUACUACUGUCGAAACCCGAUGGAGCGGAUGGGGAUUGGCACACUCAGACUACAUACGUGAGUUGGAAGACAUGAAAUGGGCAAGUACGUUCCUAGCCGCACGAGACCAAACUACUUAGCGUUAUACACUGAGUAUUAUCUACUUCCGGACCAUCACACCCAAGACGAAUUAAGCACAUUUGGAUGGCAAAGUGACAGCAUGAGAAGCGACAAGAGCAUCCACACUGCUAAUAAAAAGAUCAGGGCUGCUAUCAACCUUUCCAGAAAUAUGAACGGAACAUCAAGCCAGA